UAGCUUUUAUGAAUCAAUCUUCAAUUACCUACUUAUUUAAAAUCAUCUUUUAACCAAAAAUCAUGUUUUUAUCCUACACCAUAUAAAACAGAAAGAAAUAAUUACAGAACCUCCAAGGGGGCUUGCUUCCUUAAGAUUUUUAAAGAACUGGAUCAAAGUUGAUGGUGAACCACUUGAAGCAUCCCCAUACAUAUCAGAGACAAAGCAAUACUUUAUGGGUAGUGAGAUACUGGAAAUUGGGAGAAUAAGACAGCCACUGGGCAGAACCCAGAGAGGAAAAUCGGGCUUAGCAUGCUUCAGUAGCAGCACACGAGAGUUCAGGUGCAGCAGAUUCCUUCAUCUGACGCCCCUGUACCCUUCACGUGGCUUCCGGGGGCCUGAAUUUUCUAGGCAGAGACAGGCAAGUGAGAAACGGAGAUUACAAGGAAAUCCUGAGAUCCCACGAUCAAUAAAUGUGACCAAGGCAUCCUCCUUCCAGGCUCCCAGAGACCCGUGUCCCCUGCCACCUCUGGCCAGGAUGUACCACGGGUGCCAGGAACUUCAGGCGUCACCUCCUCCUUCACCACACAGGUCUCCUUCAACCUCUUUUAAGAAAAUUUUGCUCAAAGAAAUAUCUCCUUCUAGUUUCAGCAACUCCAUUAAUACCUGUAGAAGCACGUCUUCAGAUGAAUAUGAACUUUUUGUAAUCAAUAUUUAUCCUUCAAAAACACAAUUGUUUCUUCUAAUAGGAGAGUGUGUCCUCUGUCCUGCGUGUGGGUUGUUUGGGAAAUACCAGGAGCUUGAGCUUUCAGAAGGAAGAGGUUCGUUUCAGCUAAACUGAGUGCUGCCUUUGGCUUCUCAAAGUUGACCAGGUUUAUGGACUGAGGUGGAGAUGAACUUUGCAAAUCCACCAACAUCCAGGGUUCCUUCUUCUCAACCUGUUAAGAUGACCUGGCUUGUGACUUCAGGCAGGACAAAGGAAUCACCCGUCAGUAAAUGGUGGGAGUAUUCAUGGUGCAGUCACAGUGCCUGUUUUGCCAAACCACAGCUGGAAGCACCUCUUUAUGGAGAUCGAAAGCAGCUCUUUAUUAAUCUUGAGGAUGCUUAGGAUGCGCGCCCAGUCCACGAUGCCGAGUCAGUUGGCACUGAAGUCUAGCACACCCUCUGGUAGGCAGGCGCACAGCCAGGAGCGGCACGAAGACCUGCAGCGCGCACAGCAGGCAGUGCUGCGACCCCAGAGGCAGAUGCGAGCAUUCUGGGGCACGGCCCUGGGACCCGAGGAGGACAAAGAACAGCAGAUCCUGGGCCCUGAGGAAGACAGACCAGGCCGGACCCUGGGUCCGAGGAAGCCGGUAACACCCGAUCCUGGGCCCUGAGGUAGGAGAGAAGACCGCCUACCCGGCUCCUGGGGAAGAAGAGAGCACGCCGGCGUCUGCCCCAAGGAAAACGAGGGCACACCAGGUCCUGAGCCGCUUCUAGACAGGAACCCCUCGGCUGCCAGGAGCAGACUGGGUCGCAGGAGGGCACUGGGCAGGGGUCCUGCCGAGCCCACACCUCCUACCCCGGGCUCUGUCCCUUCUCGCCGGAACUUGGGUGGACCUUCAGCCCGCCCCCUGCACACUUCCGCCCCGCCCAGCCUCCACCCCCAUCCUCUCCAUUGGUUACGGGUUGACAGUAAGCCCCACCCCUCCACACUCCCGGGCCAGCCCAUCGCUACUGCUCGCCCCGGAAGAGUGUAACAAUUAGUUCUCUCCCCACACCAACUAGCCCUGACCCCAGCACUUCCGGCCCGCUCUCUCUCCCGCCUCACCCUCCUCUCUCUCCAACUUCCGGCCAGUCUAGCGCGUGGUCGCCCUCGUGGCCGGCCACGACCCUCUCGUGGUCUGGGUCGCCUACUUACACAGGUGCUGGGACCGCGCUGUCUGGCAUCCCCCACCCGAGACCUCUCCUGGCCCAGUUGGGCCGGCGGAAAUCCUCUUCCUGCUCUCCCGGCUUCGCCUGUCGCCCCGAGCGGGCAGGUCAAGAUGGCCUCCGCCUGGGCGAGGCCGAGCGGGCGCGCCGCGGGAGCGUCUGGGAGUUGUAGUCCCGGCCGGGACACUGACGCACUUCGUCGCGGGCUGUCGGGCGCCAUUGUGCGGCGCGUUCCGGGGUCGCCUUCUCAGGAUCCCACCCCUAACAGGAGAGGAAGGCAUGGCCUCCGGGCUCCCGACGGCCUGGUCCCGAGAACCAGUGACCUUUGAAGAUGUGAUCUUGGGCUUUACCCCAGAGGAGUGGGGACUCAUGGAUUCCAUGCAGAAGUCCUUGUACAGGGAGGUGAUGCUGGAGAACUACAGGAACUUGGUCUCAGUGGAACAUCAGCUUUCCAAACCAGAUGUGGUGUCUCAGUUAGAGGAGGCAGAAGAACUAUGGCCGGUGGAGAGAGGAAUUCCUCAAGAUACCUUUCCAGGUAAUUCUGCGGCUUUGCUGGACUCUCAGGAGGAUCCUCCUCCUGCUGAGGACAGUGACUCGAAUCCCUUGAUGAAGAUUGAGCUUGUGGAGAUCCUCACACUGAACCAGGAGGUGGCCCAGCCCCGAAAUGCCCAGAUCCGAGCCCUCUAUGCUGAAGACGGGGGCCUGAGCCCAGAAACCCCCGGAGAGCCCACUGGACAGCUGGGGGAGCACCCGGCUGACCCCGAGGCUGCCCGCCAGAAGUUCCGGCAGUUCUGCUACCAGGAGGCGGCGGGCCCCCACGAGGCUCUGGCCCAGUUGCGUGAACUCUGCCACCAGUGGCUGCGGCCCGAGGUUCGCUCCAAGGAGCAGAUGCUGGAGCUGCUGGUGCUGGAGCAGUUCCUGGGCGUGUUGCCUGGGAAGCUCCGGUCAUGGGUAGAGUCGCAGCACCCGGAGGACUGCCAGGAGGCGGUGGCCCUGGUGGAGGACAUGACCUGGGUAUCCGAGGAGGAAGCUCGGCCUGCCCAGGGCCCCACCUCACCUCUAGAGAACACUGCUCAGCCGGAAGAAGGGAAGGAGGACGAGGCGGCCACGCGGCCUGUGGCGGCAGUGCCUGAGGAGCCGGUGACCUUCCGGGACGUGGCCGUGGACUUCAGCCGGGAGGAGUGGGGGCUGCUGGGCCCGACGCAGAGGACGGAGUACCACGACGUGAUGCUGGAGACCUUCGGGCUCCUGGUCUCCGUGGGUUGGGAAACUACGCUGGAGAGCAAACAGUUAACUCCAAAGUGUGAUGUUUCUGAGGAAGAAUCCACUCCCGGCCUGGAGGUAGAACUCUCACGGGGUGACUCCACUUCGGGAGACACCUUACAAGGUGAGGUCCCGGAAGCCCCGGACACAGAAUUGAGACAAGUAGACUUUGCUCAGGAGAACACCCUCCCUGGAGAGAAGGACUGUGACGGCCCCGAGUCUGGGGCAAACACUGGUCUCCACCCCAGCCACCAUUCACCCCGAAACACCCCUACUCGGAAAUGUUUGCGCAAACGUGGCGCCCAGGUCAAACGCACGAAGCACAGUUCACAUGUCAGAAUGCAUCAGGAGAGCUGCAGAGGGGAAAAAAACAGGGAAAAUAGUGGCUGCGGGAAAAAGAAAGCCUUCGGCCAGACUGCUCAGCAGAUCACGUUUACGAGGAUUCACAAGGGCAGCCAAGUUUGCCGAUGCAGUGAAUGUGGUAAAACUUUCCGGAAUCCGAGAUACUUCUCUGUACAUAAAAAAAUCCACACGGGAGAGCGGCCCUACGUGUGCCGGGUCUGCGGGAAAGCGUUUAUUCAGAGCUCCUCGCUCACGCAGCACCAGAGGAUCCACACUGGGGAGAAGCCGUUCGAGUGCCGCGAGUGCGGACGGGCCUUCAACGAUCGCUCGGCGAUCUCGCAGCACCUGCGGACCCACACCGGGGCGAAGCCGUACGAGUGCCGGGCCUGCGGGAAGGCCUUCCGCCAGAGCUCCCACCUGGUCAGGCAUCAGAGGACGCACACCGGGGAGCGGCCCUACGUGUGCAGGAAAUGCGGGAAGGCCUUCAGCCAGAGCUCGCACCUUAUCGGGCACCAGAGGACGCACAGCGGCGGCAUGUACAGGAAGAAACACCUUCCCCUGUAGCGGUUAAGCAGCUGCACGCUCGUGUUUUGGAACUGCUAUCCAGUGUGCUGAGACAGGCCUGGCUGGGAUUUGGAACUGAAUGUGAAAGGGGAGCGUUGAAUGAGGACGUUCCCGAGACUGAAGGGCAGCCAGAAGGAGGGCCCUGCACUUCAUGAGUAAAUAGAACUGGUGGGGAGUUGUUGCUAAUGAAUGUAGUGAUUGGAAAAAAGAGUUAAUUAAUUUUCCAGUCGAUUUGCUAUUAUAAUUCAUUCAUUCAUUUGGUUAUUAUAAAUAUUAAGCCUGAAAAUGCUUCUAUUUUGAGUUUAAAAAGCCAUAUACCAAAUAAUUUGCGCACUGAUAAUUGUAUCUAUAGUAAAUUUUUUAUGCAUACGGUGAGAACUAAGAGAGAACAUAGAUAAAUGAACUA